AUGUACCUGAGAUCUCUCGUUCUCUUCGGACUUUUGGCAACAUGCAUGUCAUCUCAAGUCUCUUAUACUGAAUUCUUCCAGUUAGGCAUGGUCAAGACCGGUGGGCAAAAUGCCUACCAGUUUAUGUCAGGAUUUUUCUUUGGAAUGCAAGCAAACGAAGGAAAGCCAGAUCAAUGCUACAAAGACUCUGCUCUUAUUCUCGCAGAUGGUGCAGCUGUUUAUAACGACAUUAUUCAAAUUGCAGCUGGAAACGCAACUGCGAAUCAAACAAUUUAUACUGACGCAGAUAAACUUAGCGCUGACUUCGUUUCUCAUAUGCCAGACUGCAACGUGGCUGGAUUAGUAGCAGCUGUCAAAUCUUUAACCACUACCUCAGGUUUAACAAGCGCAAUUUACAGGUGCAUUGACAACGCAGGCUCACUUACAACAGAUAUUGGCUAUAUAAAGACCUGCUCCACUAACUAUUAUACUUGUGGAAAAGGUGUUGCUGAAAUUGCUAACGCUCCUUUGUUUAGCAAGUACAAUUUUUGGAUUGCUUACGGAGAAGGGUUAUUUAUUUAAAAUUUCAUAUUUAAUAUGGAGGUUUGAAACUAUAUGCAAAGUGUUUAAAUUUAACGGAAUUAGCUAGAGAUUUCAUUAUAAUUAUUAUUUAUGUAUUCAUAUAUCUGAUAUAAAAAAUAUUUGUUCUCAAAUCAUUAUGCUCGCUCACGGAGAGGUGAAGCGGAAAAAAAACUACAUUGAUCUGUUUUUCAGUCAAAAGUGACUGAAAAUUUCAAAAAUUGUUUUAGUAUUAAAAAACAUCGCGGUUAAAAGUGAGGGUUGAAAAAUGCUGCAUUUUUUCGCAAAAGCAAGUGGAAAAAACAGCAUAGAAAAAAAGCUUCAGAAGCAAAUUAUAUUAAAUAGAGAGAUAGCUGGCUGACAUUAAAUAUAUGAAAAAAACUUCGCUGUUUUUUUGGGUGCCGCAAAAAAGGUGUAAAAAUCAGCAAAUUGAAAAGGAGAAAGCACUACACUGUGUUUUGAUGGUAGACUAUCAUAAAAUUAUCAUAAAAAUAAUACAAAUUCCACUGCAUAUAACUCAUACACUAUUUUAAAUUUUGUUGCCGAUAAAAUUAUAUCAUAUGUGUGCUACGCUAUUUGUGCAGCCAUUUCGAGAUAUCUUAUUUUAAAUUUAGCUAAAUGAUAAAGAGUGUAUUGAUAUAUAUAAUGUCAGCCAGCUAUCUCAUUUUUAAUAUCAUUUACUCCUGAAGGUAUUUUUUUUUCUAUACUGUUUUUCACCCGCUUUUGUGAAAAAUGCAAAAUUUUUUUUUAACCCUCACUCCCCCCUUUAAAUUGGAACUAAAAAUUUUGUUCCAAUUUAAAAAGGGGGGUUAAAUUUUUUUUUUUUAAAAAAAUAUCAAUAAAAAAUUUUUUAUAAAAUAUAUAAAAAUUUUUAAAAAAAAAAAAUUUCCAAAACUUAUCGAAUUAGAUUAAUAAAUUUGUUUAAUAAAACGCUAUUUACUCUUUAUCCUUUAAAACAAAGCAAGAUAUAACUAAAUUUUCAUUAUUAGUUAAUACGCCACUAUUAAUUGGUAUCAAAAUUAUUUACACAAAAUUAUUAUUUUUAUUGAUAAAAAAAAAUUAAAAAAAAAUAAUUUAGAAAAUUUAUCGAUCAAAGUGCUAAUUUUGUUUAAAUAAGAUGUUAUUAUAUACUCUAUUCUUUAAAAUAAAGUAAGAAAUAAAGUAAAUUUUAUAAAGAAUUCCUAUUGAAUUUAUAUCAAAACUAUUUAAAUAAAAAAUAUCAUUUUUAUCAAAAAAAACAAAAAUUUUUUUGAAAUUUUUAAAAAAAAAUAAAAUUAAUGUUUUUUAAAAUUUACAAUCAAGGAUAAUAAAUUUAUUUAAAUAAGAUGCUCUUUAUACUUUUAUCUUUAAAAUAGAGCAAGAUAUAACUAAAUUUUUAAUUUUAGUUAAUAAGAAACAUUUAAUUUAUAUUAAAACUUUUUAGAUAAAAAUUAUAUAUAAUUUUUUUUUAUAAAAUUAAAUUUUGUUCCAAUUAAAGGGGGUUAAUUUACCAAAAAAGUGGAAAUUUUACCGAUAUAUUUUGUUCCAAUUUUAAAGGGGGGGGGAGUCAGUUUUUUUUAGUUUUUUACCCUUUUAAUACUAAAAAUAUUUUGAAAUUUUCAGUCACUUUUGACUAAAAAAAAGGCGAAAAUGCGUCAAUGUAGUUUUCUCUAUGUCAUUCCUCACGAAAAGAUGCUAAUUUCUAAAACAAAUAUGUUACCAUUUUUUAAUAGAGGGGAGAAGUAAGGUUUUCCUGGGCUGGGGGAUUUAA